GUGGCCCAAAGUGGGUGUUAGGCCUAAUCCCAACAGUAUGGAACCAUUGUUAGUUUCGACGAUGAUUGUCCAGUUGGUCAGUCUCCGAAUCGGUAACUUCCUGGCCAAGGUGCUUCCCUCCACCAAGCUUCGCAUCCGCAAUAGCAGAUGGGAGGUUUCUCUAAACCCUGGCCCAUUCAACGCCAAAGAGCAUGUCUUGAUUUCAAUUUUCGCUCAAACUGGGACUGCUUUUGUUGGGGGUACCGCUUAUGGAGUCGGCAUUGUGAACGUUAUUCAGCUGUUUUACCACAACAAGAUCACUUUCUCAACAAGCUGGAUGCUAGUCAUCUCUACACAGCUUUUGGGGUAUGGAUUGGCGGGGAUUAUGAGAAAGUUUGUGGUGGAACCUGCCCAUAUGCGGUGGCCAAAUAGUCUAGUUCAAGUCCCCUUUUUUAGGGCAUUGCAUGAGAAAGAUAACGGCAGGAUGCCCCGAAGGAAAUUCUUCUACAUUGCACUCAUCUGCAGCUGUGCUUGGCAUGUCUUUCCCGGAUACCUCUUCGAAAUUAUGGCAUCCAUUUCUUGGGUCUACUGGGCAUUCCCCAAGUCGGUAACUGCCCAUCAGAUUGGAUCAGGCAUUGAUGGACUUGGCCUUGGAUCCUUUUCCCUGGAUUUGUCAACCGUAUUCUCUUCGCUUGGCAGCCCUCUCAUCACCCCUUUCUUCACGACUGUAAACAUCCUCGUAGGCCACGUUUUAGCACUUUAUGUUAUAAUUCCCAUUGCUUAUUACGUGUUAAAUACCUAUCAUGCCCAAAGAUCCCCCAUCGUUUCUUUGGGUACGUUCAAUUCAAGAGGAAAGGAUUAUGAUGUUUCGUCCAUUGUGAAUGACAAGUUAGAAAUAAACUUGCAUUCAUAUGAGCAAAAGGGGCCAAUCAACUUCAGUAUUUCCUUCACAUUCGCAUAUGGAAUUAGCAUGGCUGCUGCUAUAUCCAUCUUGACGCAUGUCGCCUUCUUUAAUGGAAAGGAAAUACUUGGUCUAUUUCGAGCUUCUUUCAAAGAGAAUAAAGUUGAUAUCCAUACAAAGUUGAUGAGAAAGUACAAGGACAUACCCAAUUGGUGGUUUUAUCUGAUACUUGGGGUGUCUUUGCUACUAACGCUGCACCUGUGCAUCUUUCAGAAAGACCAAAUUCAACUGCCUUGGUGGAGUGCGGUUUUUGCAAUUGGUCUUGCAUUUGCUUUUACUCUUCCUAUGAGCAUUAUAACUGCCACUACAAAUCAGACACCCACACUUGAUGUCAUCACACAGUAUAUCAUGGGUAUGAUGCUUCCAGGAAGACCAAUAGCUAAUCUCUGCUUCAAGACUUAUGGCGCUAUAAGCACAACAAACGCAAGUCAUUUCCUAAAUAAUUUCAAGAUGUGCCACUACAUGAAAAUUCCACCAAGAUCAAGGUUUUUAGUAGAGGUAGGUACAUCUUAAAUCCUUGCAAUUCCUUCACUUUAAUAUCGAAGCAUAAGAACAUCAGAAUUCUAGGCUCUGGAAACUCUGUCCUUGAUGUUGACACAAAUGCAUGUAAGAAUAUAUAGCUAGAUUCUGUCCUCCCUCAUCCCUUCUCGGGCAAUCACUUCAUUUAAAUAUCUAAUUCCUUCUCUUAUUGUUGUAUAAAAAAGUUUACAGGAACCAUAAUGGCUGGAACAAUUAAUCUUGUAAUGGGAUGGUGGUUGAUGCAUGAUGUCAAGAAUAUAUGCCAACGCGAUCUGCUCCCUCCUCACAGUCCCUGGGAAUGCUCUACUGACCGAAGCAUCUUUCAAGAAUCUGUUUUCUGGGGCUUGAUUGGACCCAGAAGAACAUCGGGCAGCCUUGAAAAUUACUUUGCCCUUGAAUGGUUCUUCCUUGGAGGUGCUUUGGGGCCUAUCAUAGUAUGGCUAUUGCAUAAAGCUUUUCCCAACCAGAAAUGGAUUCCACUUAUCAACCUUCCUGUAACGUUGGGAGCAAUAGCAAUGUUGACUCAAACAACAUCUGCGACUGUCAGUAGCUGGAUUGCUAUUGGAAUCAUCUUCAAUUAUUUGGUUAACAAGCACAAAAACCGUUGGUGGCAAGAGCACAACAGUCAUAUUCUUUC